CGGCUCUAAUACUCUAUGCACAUAGAGUCUGCAGCGUGCUGCCGGAUAUUGUUACAGUUGCUAUAGCAACUGUCUUCCGCUCCUCGCCGUGGUAAUGCCCGUCAUACUCCCGCCCUGGACCAUGAGAAGAAACUGCCACAAACUCACCCCGCGAUUCGGUGUCAUGCACUCCUAGCACAUAUAUUUACAACUCGCUGAUAUUUCACGUGCCAACCAUCUUUAACCCUAAGGACAACUACUGUUUCAUAUAAAGAGGACAGAGAAACAACUGUGGAGGAAUCCAUAUUGACUGCUGGAUUGCGGAGCAUUGAGAAGGAGGAACAGGAGGUUGAAACGAUAAACUAGUGGAAAUGAGAGAAAAUACAGCUUGGAAGAUGCAAGGUUUGCAUGAUGUGCAGUGGACGGGAACUCGCAGACCUCAAACAGCAAUAUGGAAGAUCCCAAAGUCAGACACACGGCGAGAAAAAUACAGCAAGUCAUCUCAUGAACACGGCCAUUUCUAUGAGACCCACGCUCCUGUAUUUUCCCCUAGUCCGGCCUUUUCACUCGACAGCAGUAGUUCUUCUCAAGUCGUGGACUUACACACCUCUAAUGGACCAUCCAGUGGAUGCUAUAAAUGUAGCAACUUCUCAUUCCCCACAGAUAGAAAACUCCCUCAAAUUCACAGCUCUACCGAUCUCUCCAAGAGUAACCUAUCAACAGACAGCUCUUCAGGAAACCUCUGCUACAGUGGAAAUCACAGCAAUGAAACGUAUCUCACGUUUGUAGAUGUAAAGACUCCAUGGUACAUAAAUGUACUCAAUGAAAAGGAGCAUUGUCUUCUGAAGUUGGGAGAGGAGAUAAAUCGACUCUCAAGGUUUGAGGUGGAAUCCAAGAGGAAAGAUCAUAUUAUUUCUACCUUGAAGAAUGAAAUAUCACAGCUUCAGAAUGAGUUCCAUAAUAUCCUACACUCACAGCCCAGGGAAGUAGAGGAGACUCUGAAGCAGUCUGGCCGCGCAGGUCCCGAUAUACAGAAUGAAUUUCCACAGGCUGAAGAGUAUCCCACUGAUCUUGAUGUGACCGAAGAACCGUUGGUUUCUAGAUCACGUCCCAGGGAUCUAUCCAGAAGUCCACAAAGAAAUGUGUCCACUACAUCCUUAGUGGGAAGUCUGUCCGAUAUACAGGGAGAAAGUCAAAUGGAGACAGAGAGCCUGAAUGAUGAUGUCGCUGUAGAAGACCAGUCUGGGACCUUCUCAGCAGGACAUGAAAAUCAGGGACCAGCUGAUAGAUCUGUGGGAGAGUUUAAUGACAGAAGUAAACUCAUACAUAGACUGCAAGACAACAUAGAGAUGAUAAAGAAGGAUUAUGAGAUGUCAAAAGGUGUUAUUUCAUCUCUGCAAAAAUUAGUUUCAUCCAGUGAGUACAAGCUCAAGAAAAGUGAAUGUGAAAAACAGGUUUUACAAAGAGAACUGAUGGAAAGAGCACUACAAAUACAAGCCAUGUCUAACAAGUUUUCCAGUAUGCGUGAAGAAAGAAAACAUGAAGAGCUGAUGGUGACUAUGGAGAGGGAGAACUACAACCUCAGAGAGCUGCUGUCUGAAUUGAAAUCUGAGGUAACCAGGAGGAAUAACAUGAUUGCCGAUUUCAAGAAUGAAAUUCACAGACUGCAGAAGGAGAUGACAGAUUACCAGACACACAAGAGAAUGUACGAGGGUGAUAAGAACCAGUUGGAGAGACAAAUGCAGGACUUGGCAGCUUCAGAGCAACAUGCCAAGGUGUCUUUGGAGAUUGUGCAGUCCAAGUUUGAAAGAUUCCGUAGUAAAAUCAUACAGGCCGCAUACACUGCCCCUGGAUUCAAGGGUCCACAAGUUGAGAUCUCCGAUACAGAAAUCCUGGACACCAUGCAGAAAAUAAUUGCAGACCGGUCUGAUUUUCACCAACAACUGAAGCAGAAAGGAGUGAAUGUCCCCCCACUUUACGCGUCGGAAAUCGCCCAUGUUAAGCAGACAUCAUCAACAACGAGGAGAAAAGCCGUGUGAAUUGCAUAUUUACUCGGGACUGCGUCUGCAUGGGGUUCCGGUCUCUAAGUCGACAGUAAAUAGGUCGACAGUAACUAGGUCGACCACUAUUGGUCGACAGUAACUAGGUCGACAGGUUCCACUGUAUGGAGAAAACGACACCAAAAUAACAUAAAAAACUCAUGUCGACAUUUUGACCUAGUUACUGUCGACCAACAGUGGUCGACCUAGUUACUGUCGACCUAGUUACUGUCGACCUUGCAUACCACACCCGUCUGCAUGAUACCCACAGUUCUCUUUCUGUAACACCUGGUGUUUUUAAUAAACUUGGUUUUGCUUAUUGUAA